AUGGUUGUGACAAUCACCGGAGCUGUUCUAACUGGACUAUCUUACUAACACAUAUAACAAAGAGCAAUAUCAGUUUUACAUACAGGUCCUGUCAGUUUUACAAUUUCCCCAAUGGUUAAGUAGUAUUAAAGAUAUGAAGAGACAAGCCAAGCAAUAUAAACAAGAAAAAUAAAGAAAAUACUACAACUACAGGCUCAUACAAAUACGAGUACUUAAUUGAGUCAGUUAAAUUUCUACUGAUAUAUGACGGCAAGAACUGGUUAGUCCGGGACCAAGACAGGAUAUGGUUGACCCGGAUAAUGAGAGAGGUACGAUUUUCAGUAACAACUGUAGAUUAGUUCGCACUGUGUAAAUAUACCAGAGUCUUCAUGGACUUAACAUGAACAUGUAUUCAUCUGCUUCAUAUGGAGUAUGAUUGCGAGAGACCCAUUCAAAUCUCUGAGUGCUUCUGACUCCUCUUAAUAAGUAACUCUUACACAAACAACUAUUACGUCUCCCAACCUUUCACCCGACAUGUCAAUAUACAAACAUGGGCGGUCACGACUGGCACAGUGUUUUUAUUCUGUGUGGAUAUUUAUGCUUAUUCGUCUUUCCAGCGACCUGUCAUUGCAAACAAGACAGAAACUCUCAUAAUGUCCCGUUGCAUUUACUACCUUCGCAAGAAAAUGGUACUACGACCACCCCAGCAAGUACCUUCACCGCGGCUCACAUACAGCCAAGUAACUACACUAAAGACGAAGCCUACAUCGGGUUCAUUGCAGCAGCUGUGUCGUGUGUGUUCUUUGGGACCACCCUGGUGCCUGUCAAGAGAAUGGAGACGGGAGAUGGUAUGUUCUUCCAAUGGGUGUUCUGUUCUGCAGUCUGGUGUGUAGGUUUGGUGGUGAACGUUAUUCAGGGUUUCCCUAAGUUCUACGCCAUCUCGAUGAUUGGAGGGGCUCUUUGGUGCACAGGUAACGCUGUGGUCGUGCCAAUCCUGAAGACUAUAGGACUGGGGAUGGGCAUGUUGUUCUGGGCCUCCACUAACCUGCUGACGGGCUGGUUCAGCGGGAGGUUCGGUUGGUUCGGCAUGCGGCCGGACAGGCUGACCAGGCCUGCCCUGGACUAUGCUGGCGUGGCCCUGGGCAUUGUCAGGGGGAUUACAUUGGCGAUGUUUUCUGGCUGUAUGUACGGGCUGAAUUUUGUACCGGUCAUUUACGCACAACAACACUACGAGGGAGCCACAGACAACGGUUUAGAUUAUGUCUUUGCUCACUUCAGUGGUAUCUACGCGACAUCUACACUAUACUUCAUACUGUACAGCAUGUACAUGAGGAACAAGCCUGCAGUUUUCCCCAGAGCCAUCCUCCCGGCUCUACUGUCGGGCACCAUGAGGGCCAUCGCACAGGCUGCGUGGUUCGUGGCCAAUCAGAGGCUACAGGAGAGCGUCAGUUUUCCCAUCAUCACAACGGUAACAGGUUUUGUUGCUGAGUCAGGGAUUUGAUUUGUGCUAACCUAA